AUGCCGACUCAAAGGAUACCAGAGGAGGAGCUUCGAGCUCCAGUGGCGGCGUUCGUCACGGCUUCGGGCGACUGGUGGUGGGCCAAGUUCGAGGGAUUGCUGCCGGCUAACACCCUUUUGCUCAUCGCGGCAGUGUUGCCUCCGCCGCCAUCAUCUAGACCUGAUAGGCUGAUUUGGGGUUAUACAUCUAAUGGAGUUUUCUCCACGCGGUCGGCAUAUGACGCUUUGACGCGAAGGGACACGGAUCAACGUCGGCUGUUAUGGCGGGCAAUAUGGCGGGCGCCGGUGGCUCAACGCGUAAGGCACUUUCUUUGGCUGGCUUCAAGGGAGCGCUUACUUACAAACAUGGAGCGGGUUCGUCGGCAUUUGUCUGAGGUUGCAGCUUGUGGGUUUUGUGGUCAGCCUGAGUCAAUGACUCACGUCUUGCGGGAUUGUGUUUCGGCGCGCAAAUUGUGGCUGGAGUUGGUCCCCAUCUCGUGCAGACCGGACUUCUUCUCUAAGGAUAUGUGCCAGUGGCUGUGGUCGAACGUGGUGGAGCACGCUACUGUCGGGGUCGCAAAUUGGGAUAUCACCUUUUCCAUCGCAUGCUGGCGGAUUUGGGCUUGGCGUAAUAUGGCCAUCUUCUCGAACAAAGCCUUCCCUUUGGAGGUGCAAAUUAGAGACGUCAAAAGCAAAGUGGACGCGCAGCGGAGGAUCCUGGAAUCUGCUACCAAUUUGGGGGCCCGUGACAUCUGGCUAGCCAUGGACAUAGCAGCCCAGUUGGUCCCCAGCGAUAUGAAAAACCUGCUCCUUAUUUCAACCUUCAUCCUCUUCCUAAUCAAAGUAGUACUACCGCUUAGCAAAUCCACAAAAAACCCCGGGUCCAACGAAAAACUGCCUCCCGGCCCGCCGGGGCUGCCCUUGAUCGGCCACCUCCACCACCUCGUUGGGCGGGGGCUGCCCCACCGCGCCCUCCGCCACCUGUCCCUAGAGUACGGGCCGGUCAUGUACGUGCGCAUGGGGGAGAUGCCGAUGGCGGCGAUCUCGUCCCGGGACGCCACAAGGGAGGCCCUCCGGGACCGCGACCUGGCCCUCGGCGACCGGCCCUCUACCAUGGGCAGCGAUAUCUUCUUCGCCAACGACAUCUUCUUCUGCCCGUACGGGGACUACUGGCGGCAGAUGCGCAAGAUCUGCACUGCCGAGCUCCUGAGCGCAAAGAACGUCAAGUCAUUCGAGCAUGUCCGGCUGGACGAGGGAUACCGAUUGGUCAGUUCUCUCAUGAGGAAAGAACAAGAAGAAGAAGAAGCCGUUGAUCUGACCCACAAGAUCUUCGAGUUCACGAGCACGUUUACGUACAGGGUGGUGUUUGGGGGAGUUGGUGUGAGGGACUGGGCAGCACUUGUGGCUAUGAUCAGGAAGGCGGUCACCAUGGCAGCCGGGUUCGAGCUGGCGGAUUUGUUCCCCUCGAUCAAGUUGCUACAUGCCCUGAGCUGGAACAGUUUUAUGUUGGUGAGGAUGAGGCGUAAAGUUGACGAGAUGCUUGACGAGAUGUUGAAGGAGCAUAGGAGGAAGGGGAGGAGUGGGGAAUUUGGUGGAGAGGACAUUGUGGAUGUUUUGCUUCGAAUGCAAAAGGAUGGGGGCCUCAACUUUCCCAUUAUGGACGACAAUAUCAAGGGUGUUAUCUUUGAUAUGUUUGCUGCUGGAACUGAAACAUCGUCCAUUGUUGCCGAUUGGGCAAUGGUGGAGCUUAUGAGAAACCCGGACGUGAUGGCGAAAGCACAAGCAGAAAUACGGAGCGCCUUCAAUGGAAAGAAGAUGAUUGAGGAGAGCGAUCUGCAGGCACUAAAGUACUUAAAACUGGUGAUCAAGGAAACAUUCAGACUGCACCCUCAGGCACCAUUCGUCGUGAGAGCAUCCAGAGAGGAAUGCGAGAUCGGUGGCUACUCAAUUCCUGCAAAAACCAAAAUCUUGGUCAACACAUGGUCCAUAGGAAGGGAUCCCAAGUGUUGGGCCGAGCCCGAAAUCUUCCGACCCGAAAGGUUUGCUAACAGCUCAAUAGAUUUCUUGGGUAACGACUAUGAGUAUAUCCCGUUUGGGUCGGGUAGAAGGAUUUGCCCCGGUAUAAACUUCGGAUUGGCGAACGUUGAGCUCCCAUUGGCGCUCCUUUUGUAUCACUUCGAUUGGAGGUUGCCUAAAGGAACGGGUCCUCAAGAUAUGGAGAUGAUGGAAACCCAAGGAGUCAUUGCCCCACGAAAACAACAUCUUUUCGUCGUUCCUGUGCCUGCCAUUGUCUCGGCCUUCGACUGA